GACGUAAUCAGGAACCUCUCCUCGAGCCAAACAGCUGAGUUGUGUUGUGAGUGUGUUUUUAAGUUACAAAUUCAACAUUGAGCUAACAUAUUCAGGUCAGAGAGUGUCUGUGCUUUAUGAGAAUCUCAUCCAUCAUCGUUCAACUGUCAGGGUAGUUCAAACACAACAUAAACGGCUCUAUUGUGUGUAGCGUUAGAGCUAACCUACCGUAGAUGUAAUUAACUAAUGGCAGCCACAAUAACAGCUCAUAAAAUAAAACAAAAUCACUUGGUCAAUACGGUUUAAUGUCACAACCCGCGGUCAACGAAAGUAUUUUAAAAGUGCGCUAACUUAUAAUUGCAUUACAACACAACACUUUAAGCGAAACAAAUUGCGUACCAAAAAUAUCUAUAGUAACUCACUCACCUUGUUUUCCUUCCCUUAAACAGAGAUAAUAGAGUUAGACUUUCCCUUUGAUUAGUUUAGUCGACUGCCAACUAGCCAACAACCGAUGAUACCACCCAGUUAUAACAGAAUAAAGCAUCCUAUUCAUUACGCAGCUGAUUUAAUCAGCGCCCCCUAACGAUUAUAUUGAGACAAGCAAGAGUACUAAAUUCAAAACCAAACAACUCAUUAAAGCAGAUGUCCAGACUAGUUCAGUCAUGCUCCCAGCCACUCAUCUGAUCUAACUCAUGAAUGAUAAUGAUGUUAGUACAGCAUCAACUGGAAAGACAGCUGUCUGAUAAAUGGGAUCAGCUGGUAGGCCUAUGGUGUUUUGGCUCAAAUGAAACUUAAGUUCAAACCUAGCCCAUGACCCUGAUGGUGCCCUUUAUCCUGAUCAGAGGAGCGUAUCAGGUGACUGCUGUAACGCUUCAUUGAUUUGAGGCAAACUGUGGCUUGUGGGCUCACCUCUGUUGUACCUGUGUUUACUUUGGCAGCAGUGUUUUGCUGAAAGGUCAAUGAAAAUCAACAUCAGCUGCUUUUAUUGACACAUCAUCUCUUUCCGUGCUGUUCUUGCUGACUCUGCUGUUUUGAUUCUGCAGUUUCAUCAUUCAGGUGGGGGGGGGGCGCACAAUGUAAAGUGGCACUGAGGCUUGCAUCCCUGCAGUCAAGUGUUAAAAUGGUGCCUGUUUAUGCUGCCUAUGCCUUGUUGAGCCUUGCACCCCUGUUGGUGCUCGGUGUUCCUCCCAUUUGGAUCCAGCCAGAGCAGGUGCACCUCUCCUAUCCAGGAGAGCCAGGUUCUAUGGAGGUGACCUGGACCACUUUCAAUAAGACAGAGAGUAAAGUGGAGUACGGCUUGCACGGCGGUCGCCUCUUUGAGUUUACAGCCAAAGGUGACGCUACUCUAUUUGUGGACUCUGGAGAAGAGAAGAGGAAGCUCUACAUCCACAGAGUCAUUCUCAAAGGCCUCAAACCUGCUGCUACUUAUGUGUACCACUGUGGCAGUGAUGUGGGCUGGAGUGACGUGUUCUCCUUCAUUGCCUUGAAUGACAGCACUAGUUUCAGUCCCAGGUUUGCUCUGUACGGUGACCUGGGCAAUGAGAACCCCCAAUCUCUGGCUCGACUGCAAAAGGAAACGCAGCUCAGCAUGUAUGACGCCAUCCUACACAUAGGGGACUUUGCCUAUGAUAUGCAUGAGGAUAAUGCCAGGAUUGGAGAUGAGUUUAUGCGGCAGAUCCAGUCCAUAGCAGCCUAUGUGCCCUACAUGACCUGUCCAGGCAACCAUGAAGCUACAUACAACUUCUCCAACUAUAGAAAUCGCUUCAGCAUGCCAGGCCAAACCGAGAGCCUGUGGUACAGCUGGAAUCUGGGGUCAGCUCACAUCAUCUCCUUCUCCACUGAGGUUUAUUUCUAUCUCGAAUUUGGCAUGGACCUUAUCUUCAAGCAGUAUGAGUGGUUGAAGAAAGACCUGGAGGAGGCCAACAAGCCCGAGAACAGAGCAGUGCGUCCAUGGAUCAUCACCAUGGGACACAGACCCAUGUACUGCUCUGAUGACGACCAGGAUGACUGCACCAAGUUUGACUCAUAUGUUCGGCUGGGACGAAAAGACAUCAAACCACCAGCUCCUGGUCUAGAGGAUCUAUUUUACCGCUAUGGCGUAGAUGUGGAGUUGUGGGCACAUGAGCACACGUAUGAGAGGCUUUGGCCAGUCUACGGUGACAAGGUGUACAAUGGAAGCAAAGAGCAACCUUAUGUGAACCCCAAAGCUCCAGUGCACAUUAUUACAGGCUCUGCUGGCUGCAGAGAGAGGCAUGACAAGUUCAAUCCAAACCCCAAAGACUGGAGUGCUUUCCGCAGCACUGACUAUGGCUACGCCCGCAUGCAAGUGGUCAAUGCCACCCAUCUUUACUUGGAGCAGGUGUCUGAUGACCAGUAUGGCAAGGUGAUUGACAGUAUAUGGGUGGUGAAGGAAAAGCAUGGCCUGUCUGCCUGGUUCUGAAGAAAAUUCUGCUGGGGAAAUGCACUUUAAAAUUGAAACAAGCACAUUUUGUCAUACCAAAUCAUAACAGAAAUUACAAAUGUUUUCACUCCUGGUCAACCAGCUAUUCAAAUUAAGCAGGAUUUAAUCUUUUGAUUUCUUACUUGGUCCACAUUGUUUUAUCCAGUUUAAAGACCCAUUAUUUGAGGACCACUUGCUGUAAAUGUACAUAAUGUAAAUGUGAUUUGCAAACAUGGCAUUAAAAUCUGUUUUAUGUUUUAAUAAA